GGGGCGGGGCACGUAAACGGCCAAAUCUAAAUAAAGGAUCGUGCAGAAAUUUACUUCAAAGUGUUUUACAUUUCUUCGACAAUAGAAAGGUAAGGUGUGGAGUGAUGCCGAUUCGUCGAGCAGCGGCAACUCCGCCACAGGAGAAGAUCCCCUCCGCGGCGGCAGAGAAAGAUGAAGAAAGAGCAGAUGAAGAUUCAGCGACUGAAGGUCCAGUGAAGUCAUCUGCCCCAGACACUUUGGCUAAAGAGGGCCAGUCCACUGAUGAGUCUGAACCAACAGAGAAUGGAGAGAAGGAUCCUGAAGAAGCAGCAGCGGAGGAUGGCAAAGACAAGAGAAUUGACAAAUGCAAGGACUGCUUGGCUGGACACUGCACCACACACUGCUAUGUUCUCCUACUAAGGCUGAAGGAUGGAUACAAAUAUGAAAAGUCCAAAGGGAAGAAGGUGAAAAGGACCAUUCCAGCCUGGGCUAGCAUUGCCUCCAAUAAAAAGGUCCCUGUUACAAAUUAUGCAGGGACGCAGCAUAAACUGGAUAACAUUCUUGUUGAAGCUAUAACGUCUUUCAACUCUCGGUCUGGGGUUUCCUACCAGUCACUAUUUAAAUAUAUUGUCCAAAAAUAUCCUUCGAUGGACCUUGACAAAAAGAAGUUUCUUAUUAAAAAAGCUAUGAAGAAACAGUUGGGGAAUGGUUCCAUCAAGCAGUUAAAGGGUAAAGGCCUCUCUGGAACCUUUGCCAUUGGAAAAGUGGCACCAGCAUCAAAGGUUUAUAUCAUCUGUAAUCUGCCCACUGCGUUUGUGUCAUUGCAUGACUCUAACUUCUUUAACUGUCCAUGUCCAUUUCAGAAAACUCCACAGAAUGCAGAGUCUCUGGGAGAUGCUCUGCCCCUCAUCAUCACACGGCUCUGUCAGCCCAAAGAAGCCUCCUAUACCCUUAUUAAGAAGUACCUGAUGCAACACUUUCCUGCUCUCAAUGUUGAGAAAAGACCUGAUAUUCUUAAAGCAGCUUUGGUAAGAGCCAUAGAAAAGGGCCAAGUGGAACAGAUUACUGGAAAAGGAGCAAGUGGAACGUUUCAGCUGAAACGACCUGGCAACAAAAUCCAGUUGAAAGGUAGCACGCUGGAUGAUGCCAUUGUAGCUGCAAUCACAGCCAUGAAUGAACCCAAGACAUGCAGCACCACUACUCUACGCAAACACCUUGUAGACGCCAACAAGGACAGGAAGGAGCACAUACUAGUGUCCUCCCUGAGGAGGACUCUAACCAAGUGCAAAGUACUUGGCUGGAUGGAGCAGAUCACUGGUCACGGCUUCACAGGGACUUACAGGCUCUCAUUCCCCUACUACCCAAGUCCAACAGUUUUGUAUCCAGACCGGUUUAAAGAACUUGAAAAAACCCCAGUGCCAAAACGAAGGAAGGCCAGAUCUGACGAUGAGUCGGAGGAGUCGGAGGAAUCGGAAGAGGAAGAGUCAGAAGAUGAAGCUCCAGUCCACAGUCGGAGUAAGAGACCUCCACCCAAGGCACGACGUCCUCCCCCCAGUAAAUCCCGAAGCACCAGUCGCUCCAAAUCCAAAGCCAGCAAGAAGUUACCAGUCAAGAAAGUGACACCAUCUAAGAAAAUGGCUAGCAAACCUGUCUCCAAGAAAGUAUCCGUACCUGUGAAAAAAGCUACUCCUGUGAAGAAAGGGGCUCCUGCAAAAAAGCCCAAAACUCCUGCUGUUAAAAAGAUGGCAAGCAGGGCAGCCAAGCGACCUGCACCCAGAGAUCUGUCUUCUGAUGAGGAGGAGGAGGAUGAAGAGGAUGAGGAAGAAGUUAAAGCUCCUAAGAAGACAGCGAAAGGACGGUCCAACCGUUCUAAACCAGAAGAAUCUCCUGCACCUCCAGCUAAAAAACAGGCGACCAAAAGUGUUUCCCGGGCUGCUCUGAAACAGUCCAAACCUGCCGCCAAAAAAGGGGCGAAGAGUAGUGCUCAGUCUGCCCGAAAGUCCAAAAGAGGAAAGCGCUAAACAAAGUGAGCCACGCUACAAGAACAGCAGUUUGCAUCUGUACCAGUGCUCUUUUUAUCAGUUACUGCCUUUUUUAAUGAGGCAGCAGGUUUUUUUAUUUCUAUUGUAGAGUAGAUUAAUUUUUUAAGUUAAAUGUUAAAUCGAGAGUUUCCAGUGUUUCUUAAUCUCUGUGCGUAGAAAGCUCAGUUAGUGCUUUAUAAAACAGGUUUAUGAACUGAUGGAGAAAACGUAGCAAGGUCCAACAUGUUACUAGAUAUGAAGUUACUUCUGUUUUUAUACUUCCUCACCCUCUUGUAGAUGUCAGCAGCACACAAUACAAUGAGUUUUCACUGGAAAAUGUAAUUGGUUCAAUUUAUGUUAAACAAUUCCUAGUGUUUUAAUUAUAUUUUAUAAUUUUAAUGGCCUUUGUAAAAGCACUAAAUUUGCCUUAUGUGCUUAUAGUUGAUUUAAAACAUUAUCCCUAAAAGAUUUGUACCUGCAGGUGCCAGGAGAUUGACUUUUAAAGUCAGUAUUCAUUUUAAAAUGUGGCUAUGAGGAAAUGUCUUUUUGAUAGGUGUGUGAACAUAUACAGAAAAAGAUUUCAUUUCAGUGGAUCACAGUAGAAACCUUGAGAAAUGUGUGUUGUGAAUAAGAAAAAGAGGAGGCGGCCAAGAGCUUAAUACAUACUCUGCAUGCAUGUAUACCUUGUGUUGUUCAACUUUUUCUCUUAAGUCAUUAAUAAAUGGCUAUAUUUGUA